AUGGAUAUCAUGGCCAGCCCAAGACUAGCCAAGAGCACCAGAGAGACAAAGGGCCUCAUCGACGCACUCGGCGGAGGACUGGCAACAAGCACCCCCCGCUCAGCAAGAGCAGCCCGGAAACCACAGAACACCAUCUCGGACUCCCAACGCCCCAGCCUGACCCCCAAGCGAUCCGACAGCAGCCUCAGCGAUCUCAGCGACACCCACGACCACCACUCCUCUCGCUCAACAUCUUCCUCAAUCAACAUCUUCCAUCCCCAAACCUCUCCCCUUCCAUCCCCAGCAAGAACACCCCAGCUCCAGCAACCCGCUCCAGACCCUCACCACCAUCUGUCCGUCACCCUCUCCUCCCCACAGUCCUCGCGCUCCGUCCCCUCAACCCCCAAUCGCUCAAUGAAAGCCAAACAGAAACCCUCGCUCAGGAAAACUAUCAUCAAGCGCACCCAUUCUUCCUCCUUCGGCUUGCUCCGAAACCAGCGCGGCAAUCCAAAACUCAAUCGAUCCAGAAGACUAACCGACAGCCAGAAGAAAGAGCUCGAACAAACUAGACUCAAAUUAUUAGAAAAUUUACAGGAGGAAGAGGAGCUAAUCAAGUCCAGCCAACACCCGAUCUUGAUCUCCUUGGAAGAAAAUGUUGAGAUUGGAAAAGAGUUACGGCUAUCUCAAGCCAGAAAGAAGUUUGAACAACUGAACACAUAUCUCGAUCGGCUGAAUUAUGAGCGCCAACAGAGGAUUUGGGAUACUUGGACUGAUAGCAAAAUUAGAAUCCAAACCGAAAUGAUUGUCGAUUGUCAGAUCCGAUUGAAUCGUGCUCCGUUUGAAUUCCUUAUCUCAAAUGAUACGACCAAUUUACAAGCGAUUUUUCAUUUGACACCGACACCACCUGCUUCGUAUUUGAAGCCAAUAUUUAGUUUGAAUCGGCCUGAUUUGAAAGAGGUCCCCAUGGGCGCAGCGUCGACGGUUACGUGCAUGAGGUCGACGGGCGGGCCGAUGGCCAAGGCAUCAUCUCUGGUAGCAAAUGAGGACCGAAAAGAAGGGCCGGGCAAUGGCAGCAGUAGCCAUCCACCCGAGGCUUCCACCAAGAAGGUGGCCCAACGCAGCGGGGAAGCGGAAACUGCGGACAAGCGGAAGGAGAAGAGCUCGUGUUCCUCCUCACGAGGACUCGCCCCGUCACUCGACCAGAAGACUGGCGGAGGUCAACUGCUUGGCGAUGAUCGCAAGCCGGGCCAGGAGGAAGACGGCCUGAUGGCCAAGGAAAGCCUCGACUUGAUCGACGGUAUCCGCCGCCAACGGGUCCAGAACCACUCCAUCUGGCAGCUCUCUCAACACGAUAUCCUCGACGACCUCAAACUCAUCCAUCGCCAUCGGCGUAGACUUCCCCCUCAUCAACUUCCAAACCCCUCUAAUCAACAUCAUCCCCAUCCGUACGCUGUUCCCCUCCACCGCGGCCUAUCUCAUAAUAUCUAG